AUGCGCCAUUUCGAUACCUGGGUCCUCCGCGACCCCUACUCUAUCUGGCACUAUUAUCCAACCGGUCAUCGCUGGCGCGACACUGUCCGAGACCUGAUUCACUCUCGUGCCAUCUGCUCCCCAGAAACCCCCAGCAGUCCCACCCCCAUAAACCCAUCGAUACACACCCAAUCCCAAUCCCCACUCCUCCGACUCCCCGCCGAACUCCGCCAAAUGAUAUGGUCCUACGUUCUCACCAACGACGCCACUCCCACAAUCCCAACUCCCCAAACUCUCCACCUCGUCCAACUGAAAGGCAAGAUCCGCCAUGUCCGAUGCACCUCACCAACCCCCCACAACGGAUCCCAAACCCCCAAUCCAGCCCUAACGCAAAACCGCCACUGCUGCCCCACCACCCCAGCCCGCUGGCGCAUCUACGACGGCCGCGUCCCAGGCCACAGCGACAGAUUACUCUAUCCACACACGCACGAGCAUCUACCCUCAACACUGAGUAACAGCAAUGUCGCUCUGCUACGAGUGUGUCGGCGCAUCUAUGCUGAAGCCGAACAUGUCCUCUACCAGGCGUCGCGAUUCGAUGUAGACGAUCUAUACACCUUCAUUGCAUUCAGCGAGUCCCUCUCGCCCAGUGCGCGGAACUCCAUCCAGCGAUUGACGGUGCAGUGGAUGCCUAUUUGGAUUCCGAUGGCGGGACUCGAUCACAAGGGAUCUAUAUAUGGACAUACGCACAGCGAUGAGCUAUGGGUUCGGUUCUGGGGGAGUGUGGCGCGAUUGAGUGGAUUGAAGGAGUUGGGGUUGAGUUUGGACCUGGGCCGAUUUACGAGUGUGGCAAGUGGGGUGUCUGGGCAGAGAAUUCCGUUUGGAAUGGGAGAGGGGUGGGUGGGACCGUUGCUUGGGGUUCGAGGGUUGAGCAGCUUUGAUUUGGCGGUUACGGCGAGGUGUGAUCUUUUGGCGCGCGGGGUGGUGGAAAGUGAGUUGGUGAAGGAGGUUGGGGAGUUAAGGGAUGGGUUGCGGGAGUUAUUGUGUAGACCGAAAGAGGUUUUGGAUGAGGGCUCAAAGAGGGAGAAACCGGCUAGACUGGCUAUUGCUGCCCCUUGA